AUGGACUCUAAAAAUGGUGUGGAUGUGUCUUCCUCUCUUUUUUUUGAGGAUACUGCAGAUUCUGAAACCGACGCUGCUGACCCUGAUAAAAUACAUGCAGAUGUUGGUGCAGCUUAUGAUGACCAGGAUGCUGAGUCGUGUAGCUAUGACACAAGGGACAAUACACUUGGUUUUACUAAGGCUGUAGAUUGUGAUGAUCAAGAUUCUGGUGAUUCUACUGGUAUUGAUGGGGAUGAUCAUCAGGAACUUAGUACAAGUAGCUGCAAGAUGAGAUUUUCAGAUGUAACUUCAAGAUAUUUGUCAAAAGAAAAGGGAGAAGAGGAAACAAAGGUUGAUAAAAUUGAUGUGGAUGAAAUGGAGGACAGAGUCUUUUGGGAGACCUGCAUGGAAGUGGGAUAUCCAUGA